CCAAUAGCGUUGCAGAGAGGCGUUCCAGUUCGCGGCCGCUCCAAUCGGCACUCAGAGAGUUGGCGUCUCCAAGGUGAAGGCGGAAGUGAGGCUUUGCAGCGCGCCAUGGAACCGCUCCUGCAAAACCUGGAGCGCUUUUUCGAGGUUCUGGCCAUCUCCCGCACGAGCCACGUCGGCACCUGGGACUCGGCGACUGUGCGCAGGGCACUGCAGUGGGCGCGCUACGUGCGUCACGUCUACCGGCGCUUUGGCCGCCAUGACCGCAUCCGCACAGCCCUGCAGCGCCGGCUGCUCAGCCAGUGGACGCGGGACGGCGGCUUUGGGCUGGGUCCUGUCCCGGGCCUGACGAACUUCGAGGCCCUGGGAUACAGUGAUGUCCUGCUGUCCCUGCGCCUGUUAAAGAAUCGGGCACUCGGGGAUGCUGCCCGUCACCAUCUCCUCCAGCAGCUCUUUCCGGGUCCUGGAGCCCCAGACGGUGAUGAGGAUUCUCUGCAAGACAAACUGGCCCGCCUUGCCCGCCUCCGCUCUGCCGUCCACCUGCUGAGUGUCAGUGCCCGUAGAGACAACCCAAAUCUUCAGGAAGAUCCACUGAUGAAGACCCAGGCAGAGCUGCUGCUGGAGCGUCUGCAGGAGGUGGGGUCAGCCCAAGAGGAGGGCCCCAGCAGGUUUCUCAGCAGCCUGUGGGAGCGCUUGCCUCGGGAUAACUUCCUGAAGGUGAUAGCCGUGGCGCUGGUGCAGGGGCCUCAAGCAGAGUUGGAAGGGCUCAGUGCCCAAGCACCUGGAAAGGGGAGCCAAGAACUGGUACGUUGGUUACUGGAGAAGUCAGAGGUCAUGGCUGCUUUUUGCCGGAACAAUCCAGCUGGACUUUUAGCUUCUGUGGCAGUCCGCCAACCUGCACUUUUUCGUGUCUAUCUGACCUUGCUUACAGACUGGGGUCAACACCUGCACUAUGAUCUUCAGAAAGGCAUUUGGGUUGGAUCGGAUUCCCAAGAUGUGCCGUGGGAGGAGUUGUAUGAUAGGUUCCAGAACCUCUGUCAGACCGCCACACCUCUGAAAGAUGAAGUUCUCACUGCCCUGGAGUCCUGCAAGGUGCAGGAUGGAGGGUUUGACGUCCCUGGGCUUAGCAUCUGGACUGACCUGCUGGUGGCUCUGCACAGUGAUGCAUGAUGUUGCCUGUGGGUGGAAGGCAACUUUCCGAACUCACCCAGGCCCCAGAUCCAAAUGGGCCACGUCCUGCCACUAAUUAGAUGUAAU